AUGCGCAUAGCACUCCCCACACCCGUGACGUUGCCCACCCCUUAUCCACUUCAUAUACACAGCUCAGCGCAUCCAUACAUACAUACAGAUACACACACACACACUCUCUCUCUCUCUGUUUCUCUCUCUCCCUGUGUCUAUUUCUCUUUCUUUCUUUCUUUCUUUCUUUCUUUCUUUCUUUCUUUCUUUCUUUCUCGUUCUCUGUCUAUCUGCCUGUUUCUCUUUCUUUCUUUCUUUCUUUCUCGCCGUCUCUCUUUCUUUCUUUCUUUCUUUCUUUCUUUCUUUGUCUACAUGUAUGUUUCUCUCUCUUUCUUUCUCUAUCUGUCUGUUUCGCUUUCUUUCUCUCUCUCUCUCUUUCUUUCUUUGUCUAUCUCUCUCUCUUUCUUCCCAUCUCUCUCUCUCUCUCUCUCUCUCUCUCUCUCUCUCUCUCUCUCUCUCAGUCAGAGGCGUGAAAUCUUUAAUAUCGGCGUCCACGGUCGUUGUUUUAAUCUACCCUGCCCCACCUUAAUUUACCUCCUCCGCCACCCCCCACCUCUCUCGAAAUUUUUAAGCAUCCACAGCCGCCAUUCGUUUUUAUCCCUCUCCGUUUUUUUUUCUUUUAUAAACUGCAAAUAA